AUGAUGAAUAUCCUCGGUCAUCUGGCAUUGCUAAGCCUCUGGAAUGUUGCAGUCAGGGCAUUCCCCCAGGCCUACAAUGAGUACGAACCGCCAUCGACUGUCACCGUCACUACGUGUGCUGUAGGUUGUGCAACCACCACCGUGACCGUGACUCAGUCGGCUAGUUCUUGUGCGCCAUGUUUGGCAAGCUCUGCUUCCUCAGGUGUGGAAUCUUCUACCACUGUCACCGAGACGCCCAGUACGGUCGAAUCCACGCUUCCCAGCAUCUCGUCGACCCAAACGUCUGGACAGAUUAGCUCCUCUGCUGGCAUCUCAAGUUCUGUCCCAACAUCAGGCACAUUUACAAACUCGACUGUGUCGCCCUCUGGCCCUUCAUCGAGCCUACCAUACACCAUCACCAGCUCGGGUGGAGCUGUUUCUUCUACUCUUUCCUCUGUCAGCAUUUCCGUCCCCUCUAACUCCACGACUACGACGAGCGCUCUCAGCAAUGACUCGACAACUGCUCCGUCUGUGAGUAUCAGCUCCUCACUUUCCUCGUCAUACGAUGGCACACCGUCUUCGUCAGCACUCUAUGCGAACAGCACGAGAAGCCAUGUCUACCCGAGUUCCUUCUCUGUGACCGGCUCCGUGUCCACCUUUGCUUCUCGUAGCGCAACCAGCAGUGACACAGCGACCGGGUCCCUUCCUACUUCUGGCCUGCCUUCGUCCAGCGCCGUGACUUCUGGCGGCAUCAGCAGCGGAUUUUCUGGUACUUCUUCUGGGACUGGAAUCUCGUCAACACUUCCCGUUCUAUCGUCUCAGUCGAGUAGUGCCGGGACCAAUUCGACUUGGUCCUAUCCAACACGGACUUCAUCGGGAGGAACGGGCGUCUCCUCAACGCUGCCUUUAUCAUCUGGCACGUCGGAUGUUGAGACAAGUAGCGGCAGUGCAACUUACCCGCCUGGAUCCUCGUCCGCGCCGACUGACACAUCUUCGCUCACAGUCACAUCCGAGGUUUCCAGUAUUGAGAGCAGCAGUGUCUACACCUACCCACCAGGGCCAUCCUCUGGCUUAUCGAGCGUGUCGCCAAGCCUGUCAACUUCUAGCAGCUGGGGCAACAGCAGUACCACCAGGUACCCAACCGCCACAGUGUCAAGCGCAAGCGUCAUUUCCUCGUCGACCGGCUUCGAAAGCUCGUCCGUAGAGCUCACGACUACCACGACGAUCGAAACGACCGUGACACGCACCAAUACCUACACACCGCCAGGCACGAGCUCGAACCCUUCUUCUGGAUUUUCAAGUGCCCUGCCAAACCCAAGUGGCUCAACCUCUAUUGAGCUUUCGUCGCACUUGUCCUACCCGACCUCGUCGCCACGACCAUCUGGGAGCGGCUAUCUCAGCAGCAGCUAUAUUGAGUCUUCUGGAACGGGAGUCAGCGAUACGGUGCCGGUCACUUCGGGUACUUCUGCCUCUGUUUCCAACAGCGUGACGAGCUCAUCUCCCUAUGGAAACUCGACAACUACGGGUCCCACGCCGACCAUCUCAGACUUUAGCUCUACCGCAUCGUCCGGGACUGGAAUCAGUGAAACUCUCCCCAUCAUCUCGGAGACCUCUGUGUUUGAGUCGAGCGCCACAGAAAAUUCGUCCCUGUACAGCUUCACGGUCACGUCUGAUGUAGGGACCACCUCAGAAACCAGCUCGGUCGAGUCGUCUGGGACUGGUAUCAGCGAAACUCUCCCUAUCAUUUCGGAUACUUCGACCGCGGAACAGAGCUCCACGGUGACCGGAUCCGAAUCGUCGACAAGCAAGACCAAGACGCCAUGCGCGACUCGCUCGCACUCGUCCGACGUUGAGACUUCAUCCGCGCCCGAAUCAAGUGAGACCGACUCUUACCCUCCUAACGAGAGUACCGUGUCGGGCAACUUGCCGAUUACGCCUUCAUCAGACGUUUCCUCAUCGCCGACAUAUUCUCCUCCUGCUGAAAGUACGAUAUCCGGGAACCUCCCUGUGACGCCUUCGGUAAGCCUGUCCUCUACGGAGGUGUACCCAUCGUAUCCACCUGUAGAAAGCACCUCUGGAGAGAGCACGGUUUCGAGCAAUCUACCCAUCACACCAACGCAGAGCUCGACCGAGGUCGAGUCACAGACAUACCCUCCUUACCCGCCUCCCGAGGAGAGCACCGUGUCAGGAAACCUCCCCGUGAACCCUUCUCAGAGCUUCCCAAGCAACGGCACGGCAACUUCGUCUCUGCUGCCCAGCGGAAGUACGUCACGGGCCGGGUCGUCGGCACCGGUGUCCAGCGACUCAUCGACGACCUCCAUCAUCAGCGAAAAGCCGUCCUACCUUCCCACGCCGAGCACAGUGUAUCCCGAGCCGACACCUUCAAGCGAGUCGACCGUCUCCGACGCGCUGCCGAUUACACCCUCUGGCAGUGCCGAUGCCCCGCCCAGCACGCUUGUGACGAGCACUAAGACGGGCCCCGAGACGAGCGAGAGUAGCGAGCCCAGCGGACCGACCUCUUACUAUGGAGGGUAUGACUUUGGCUGGACAAGCGGUGGGCGCGCCGGAUGGAAGCAGCAGCGCAAGGAGAAGGAGCGUCGAGGCAUUUUCGGGCUGUUCCAGUAA